AAUAUUUAUGGAAGGCUCCAGAACUUCUUCGUCUAAAUCAUUGUCCUCCGGAAGGCACACAAAAAGGCGAUGUUUAUAGUUUCGGAAUAAUAUUACAAGAAAUUGUACUCAGAGAAGAACCUUUCUAUCCUCAUAUCGAAAAUAUGGAUAUUUCAGAUAUCAUCGCUCUUGUCAGAAGUUCUGAUGAUCCCCCUUUUCGUCCGAUUAUCAGCAAAGGUACAUGUAUUAAAGAACUUCAAGAUUUAAUGCAAAACUGUUGGGCUGACGAUCCAGAUAAUAGACCAGACUUUGGGCAAAUUAAACAAGAUAUGAGAAUUAUUAAUAGAGGUCAGAACGGAGAAGUUAAUAUAAUGGAUAAUUUAUUAUCUCGCAUGGAACAAUAUGCUGGAAAUUUAGAACAUUUAGUGGAACAAAGGACUGCUGCAUUCCUGGAAGAAAAGAGAAAAUCAGAAGAAUUGUUAUAUCAAGUUCUUCCAAAGUAAAUAAAUAAUUAAUUGAUUAAAAUUAAAAAGUAGAUC